AAGCGGAAGUGGGGAGCAGGAGCGGAAGUACCUUCUUUUACGGCGUACCCGCGAGAGGUCAGAGAGGGGAUUCGUAGGCACGAGGUCGAGUGUGCUGUACGAGAGCAGAUAGGUGCUCGGGCCCGGGGGAAAAUGGACUCCGACAACUACCCCGGGGCAGCCGGGGGCAGAGGAGGGCUUGGCAGCCUGUUUGGUGGAGGAGGCUCCGGUUAUUCGCACUCAGACCUCGCCGGGGUCCCGCUUACCGGAAUGAGUCCCCUUUCCCCGUAUCUGAACGUGGAUCCCCGGUAUCUGGUGCAGGACACGGACGAGUUCAUCCUGCCGACGGGCGCCAACAAGACUCGGGGGAGGUUUGAGCUGGCGUUCUUCACGAUCGGCGGCUGCUGCAUUUCAGGAGCCGCGUUUGGCACGUUGAACGGUCUCCGGCUCGGACUGAAAGAGACGCAGAACAUGGCUUGGUCCAAACCCAAAAAUGUCCAGAUCUUGAACAUGGUGACGAGGCAAGGUGCAUUGUGGGCCAACACCCUGGGGUCCGUGGCAUUGCUGUACAGCGCCUUCGGCGUGAUCAUAGAGAAGACGCGAGGGGCGGAAGAUGACCUCAACACCGUAGCUGCCGGCACGAUGACGGGGAUGCUCUACAAGUCUACAGCUGGAUUGCGCGGCGUCACCCGGGGUGGACUCGCCGGUCUCGCGCUCACCGGCAUCUAUGCUCUUUACAACAACUGGGAGCACAUCAAGGGUUCCUCGGCGCAGAUCUCCCUCUAAGAACGUUUUGGACUCCGUGGUAUGAACUGUCGUUUCAGUCGGCCCUCUCGGACCUUUGUCGUCUUUUUUUCUUUUCCUACUUUGGGGAUCGUUUCGUGGACGGACAGAAAGCGCUGGCUCUCCGGGGCAAGAAGUUUAACAUGCGCGGCGGGUAUCGCCAACAUGCGCGGCGGCGUGGUCUGUUUCAAUAAGAGAGGCCAAAAACCCCCAUAUAUUUAAGUAAAUCUAAUUCCAACCAGAUAUAUAUUUAAGAAUUUUGUGUAUUGUAAUGAUAUUUCUGCACUUUUUUUUUUGUUAAAUCAAGCCACUUCAUCGAAAAUAGUGAUUUUUGUUUUUUCCUCCCCCCUCUCCGGCGAAUAAAAGCUGUAUGUUGUAAAAA